UCCUCAGCCCUGAGGCUUUCUCCAGUUUCUCAUCAAUGCGCGCCACCCGCAUCGCCAACACCCUCGCCGCCACAUUUCCUCACUUUGGCCUUGCGUCGCUCCCAGAUCCGCGCCUCUCGCGCCUGGCUCCCUCCCUCAUUUGCCACCUUCGUGUCAUCGAUUCCCGCCGGCUAGAGUGUACAAACAAAUUUUGCGCCUCGCGAAGGAUCGCUUGUUGAUGAGGUAGCUGCUGCAAUGCUCGCGGCGUGCUUUCAGGUGGUAACGCAUUGAGCUUGCUUGUCUCUGUACCAGGUUGUUGAGAGUUCGCUCAACGCGCUAGAUCGUGGAGUACACGACCUGGAAAGUGGUCGUGCCCCUUGGGGCGGAGGAGAUCAACUAUCGUUGUAGGGGUUGCUGCAGAAGUUUUCGUUUCUUCAAACAUCAGAAGCUCGCAAUUUGAAGGUCUUGGAGAGAUUCGGUUUCUAGAAGCUUUUUCCGCAGAUGUUUCCAGGAUUGGUGUGAUUGUAGUUGUGGUUGGAAGCUCCAAGAGUUGACAAGGUGCAGUGUAGGCAGAUGUGCGUGCGUGGGCCGCACGAAGGAGUUCUGGUGGUGGAGCAGGACGAGCCGGAGCUUGGAGGAUGCUUGUGUUGGGACAUGGGUGUUUUCAAAGAUAUGCGCUGAUUCGGCGGCGGUGGGAUGGUGGUCAUUAUUAAUCUGCGAUAAGCUUCGGAAGGAUCCGUGUGGCGUUUUGCAGAGGUCGAAUUUUUAGGUGCAUAGUGUUGAGUUCCAUGGCGGGCCUCCUUGUACUGGGGUUGUGGCUUUUAGGUCUUCUUCAUUCGUCUCUGGCGGCACAUGGAGAUUAUCAUGUGUUGAUCGAUUGCGGGGGGUACCAUAAUUUUUCAAAUAGCGUCAACCAAACUUGGAUGGCUGACAACUUCUUCUCCGGUGGCGCUGUUGCCAACGUCUCCAUUCCCCAGAAUUUUCCUAGACAACAAGAGCGCAGUCUCCGCUACUUCCCCAUCUCCCAAGGUAAGAAGAACUGCUACGACAUCAACGUCCCUGUCGGCCGCUACAUGAUCCAGAUGUUCUUCGCUUACAACAACUACGACAAUAUGAGCCACUCCCCGAGCUUCGACGUCUCCGUAGAGGGCACCGUCGUGUUCAACUGGCGCUUCCCCUGGUCUGACGAUUCGGACAACUAUGGGGCAUACUCGGACCUUUACGCCUUUAUCCACGACGGAUCUGCAACCAUUUGUUUCUACAGCAUUGGAACUGACGCCCCUGUGAUCGGCUCCCUUGAGCUUCUCCAAGUUGAUGACGCUGCAUAUAAUGCCAGUUCCACCGGACAGAAUGCCAUAUUGGUGAACUAUGGUAGAAUCUCUGCAGGGAAUAGCUCCUUCGGCCCUGGGUAUGACAAUGUGACCGACUUCGGAGGUCGCUCCUGGGAAGCGGACGACACCUAUACCAACAAUGUGAAGGCUCUUUUGACGUCUACUCGCAACGUUGUCGGGGCCAAUGUAGAGCCGAAUUACUGGCCAGAGAAGCUCUACGAAACAUGUCGGUAUGAGCAGCUACCGAAUGUCCCCAUUAUCUACAGUUAUCUGGUGGAUGCUAAACUGGACUAUCAGAUAUGGUUCCACUUCGCGGAGAUUGAUCCUAACGUCACAGCAGCAGGGCAGCGAGUGUUCAACGUCACCGUGAACAAUGUAGUGGUGCUCGCUGGGUUGGACCUCUUCCAGAAGGUGGGGCUAGAUACUGCCUUCGACUUUGCUUACACCCUCAGGAACUUGACCGGAGGAUCUCUCGUGAUAUCUCUCGUUCCACAGGUUGGGAGUCCUUUGAUCUGCGGGAUUGAGGUCAUUGCUGUACUGCAGGCAGACAUCGCGACCAAUGUUACUGAAGCUACGGCAAUGCACGCAUUGAAGACCUCAUUGAAUGUGCCUGAAAGGAUGGGAUGGAACGGGGAUCCUUGUGCGCCCACAGAGUGGGAUGCGUGGGAAGGAGUUACUUGCAACCUUGCAGCGGACGGCUCUUCUCUUGUGAUCACUCACAUGAACAUUGCUGACCAAGGGCUGUCGGGCGUUCUUCCACCUGAGCUUACUUAUCUCUCUCAUCUGAUAUCGCUAAAUGCGAGCAGUAACAAAAUCUCUGGUCCUUUCCCUGCCACGUUUGGAGAAGGCAGUCUGGUUUCUCUAGACCUAUCCUUCAACGCUCUUGAGGGUCCGAUCCCCCCCUCUAUGGGUUCUCCGCGAAUGCAACAUUUACGGCUUAACAACAACCGAUUAGCUGGGCCUGUGCCGGAGUCUGUCUAUGCCAUUGGAGUCCAUGGUGGCUACGUGAAUUUGGCAGAUAAUCAAGGGCUUUGUGGAGUGCCGUCACUACCAGACUGCCCUUACAAGUGGAAGCAUGAGGGCAUGUCGCCUGCAGCCAAAGCAGUUUUGAUAAUAGGGGUGCUGUUAGCUGCCGCCAUAAUCGUGGGUGGGGCUUAUGUCUACAUUCAGAGGAGAAAAGCUCAAGAGGACUACAAUUUCAACCUUCCCCAUCAGCUCGUUGAGAGGACGAAGUGGUACCAACAGCACAAGAUGACCAAGCAAGCUGACCCUGAAGGAGUGUCCAUGAUCCAGUCUAGUAUCCCCAACAGAUUUGGUUUUUCUUCGAACAUAGCUGCCAGAGAAUAGAUCUUCCCUGCCCAGUGUUUCUGUAUGAAGUCGAACCGAUGGAUGGAGUACACUCGAGGAGCAGAUCCGAUCAAGGCUGGUGAACUAAAAACGUAGUCCUCCAGGAGUCCAGUCCUGCCGUAGGACAACCACUCCACAGGGUGAAGAGAUGCUACAAAAGUGGUCUUGUUUUGACCGGUGUCCUCCCCUUCUCUUCGCACUCUCUUAGUUGAGAGGCAGAAUUGAGUGUGUGGGUCUUUGGAAGUGCACUCUCAUCGGGUUUUAACGAGAGCUUCGACCUAGAACAGGAUCCACAGCGUGAGAUCACCCUUAUACUCCCAGUCACUCCUGGUAGAUGAAGGACAGUAGUUAUGUGCGGUACACUAGUCUGCUCGAGUCAGUAACGGUGUAGCCCUCGGAUUCAAUAGAGAUAUGAUGUAGGUAGUCAUCAAGGCUUAGCUUUAUCUGUUAUUUUAUUUCUAUUCCCUGCAGAGUUCUACACAAUACAACUGUUUGCAGUUGUCUAUCUGGCGUUAAUUUGGGAAUAAAUGAAACUUCUUAGGAGUGGUUGGAAAGUAUAUGUUCA